CUCAACAUUUUCGUCAGUUUUGACGGGUUUGAUGUCAGCGCCGCUCCUGCGUGCAUUAUAUUCAAUUUAUAAUUAAAAUGUGAGAUAUGAUAGUGUUGUUCUCCGGCAUUCUGUAAUGGAUAUCUGGAAUAAAUGAGUAAUUCUUCUUAUGUUAAUAAGUUCUCAAUUUUUAAUAAAAACUGUUAAGCCGGUGCACUAAACAUGAGCUCUACAUGACAUGAAUUUCUUCUCAAAUUGGAUAUUCGUGAUGUUUUUAAGGUGGUAUCCUAUCAUAUUUAAAGAAAUAAUUUAAAUCUUUUUAAUGCUGAAAAUGAGUCGCAGCAUGUCAAUGAACCUUAGAUCUGAAUGUAAGAAUAAACCUUACAGUGCAUCAUUUACAUCACUGCAGAUAAGUGAAUCCUUUAACCAUUUCCGUUCUGUUAGCUACUUUGAAGCUGUUACAAAUACUUCACUUUCUGGAUCCAGAAAAUCGUUUGAAAAUUAUUCAUGUAAUGAAAACCAGAGAUCUUCACGUAUACCAUGCAAUAGUACACCAUGUACACCAAAGAAAAUAGAAAUUGAAAAGUAUUCAACUUUACCUAUAAGCAACAGUAUUAAUUCAUGUAUGCCAACAAGAAAGACUAGAAGCUCUAGUUUAUCCAGUUUUUUUCGUAAACUGAGACCAAAAUUUUAUAGGAAUUCUUCCGAUCUGAAAAACCCAUGGAUUGUAAUAGAAUUUUCACCUCAUGACAAUGAUGAUGGAUCAUUUGGAGGAAGUGAUAACUCUUUGGAGUUGGCUGUGAGAAGUAAAGCACAGCAUUUUACAUCUCUCAAAGACCUUUAUAAUAAUACUAGUAAUGAAGUUUGCAAUUGUGCAUUAAGUAAUAAAAGGAAAGAUGGAAGUUUUCCAUCACCAAAGUGCAAUUCUUUUUCUUCCUCCACCUAUGUAACUGAUGGCAUUACUCAAAAAAGGCAGAAAGAUUCUACAAAGUGCAAAUCGGAAAGCUCAAUUUUUUUCCAUCUGUCGCCAAGAAGGAGAUUUGAAAACUUGAAACAAUUGCUGAAGGGCCUGUCAAAACGUAACAAGCAGCAAGCCUCACCUAUGCAUUCUCUAAAUACAGGAUAUUGUGCAUUUAAAAGUGAAUCGUGUCUGAAAACGUAUUAUAAACCUUCCAACAAUGCAUUUUCCAAUUUCAGCCAGGUAGUAAAAGGAAAAUCUGCAUGGAUUACACUGCAUGGUGUAACUGUAGUUUUGAAAAAAUUUUCGGUGUAAAUUUUUUGUUUCUGUUUUUUUAUAUAGAAAUAUUUCUUGAUAUAGUUAUGUUAAUUAUUAUUCUGACAGUAACUCUUUAGCAUUGUCUUGGUAAAAUGCCAUGAAAAUUUUAUUUCUUUGAAAUGGAAAAUAAAAUAUAUUUUUGAAGU